AUGUCAGACGCAUGGGGAACAGGUCCUAUGGCCGAGGCACUCCCCUCUGCUGCUGAGGCCGGUGCUUUUCCCAACGGCACAGAAAACACCCAGGUCCAGAAUGGCGACGCUCAGCCCGGGCCCCCCAAGGGUUACGAUGCGUCCCGUGGACGGUGGACUGAGCCCGAAGCCAUUGACUACACUUCUAUGGCCACUAGCGAUGAUGCCCAGACUUGGGGCUGCACCGCCCGUACCUAUGACUGGAAGGAUGAGUAUGGUGAAGUUGGUCCCAAGUACCCUGAGCUUGAACUUGAGCUUUUCGGAGAUCCUUCGACCCGCCAUGAUCGAAAGGGUGUUGACUUUUCUCAAAUUGCCAGCAUCGAGGUCCAGCAAGAGGGCCCGACCAAGAUCGACCCUAUUGAGGGCUUCAAGACUGCCGGCAUUCAUCCCGCCAUGUUGGAGAAUGUUGAACUUUGCGGUUACGACAACCCAACUCCAAUCCAGAAGUUCACAAUCCCCUCCAUCCUUCAGGGGCAUGACGUUAUCGGAAUCGCUCAGACAGGAUCUGGCAAGACCGCGGCUUAUCUGAUUCCAAUCCUGAGCAAGCUCAUGGGCAAGGCCAAGAAGCUCGCGGCGUUCCGACCCAACCCACACACUUUCCGUGAGGGUGUUGACGAGGUGACCGCAGAGCCUCUGGUUCUGAUCGUUGUGCCAACUCGCGAACUUGCCCUGCAGAUUUUCAACGAGGCGCGAAAACUUUGUUAUCGCACCAUGCUGCGACCUGGCGUUGUGUACGGUGGCGUACCUAUCAGCCAUCAGGUUUCUCUACUCCAAAUGGGCUGUGACGUUCUCGUCGGAACCCCUGGGCGUCUCGUUGAUUUCAUUCAACGUCCCCGUGUUCUGACUCUUCGUCGCCUGCGAUACAUGGUGAUCGAUGAGGCCGAUGAACUCCUGAACGACGAUUGGGCUGAAGAGCUCAACCCCAUCCUGUCUGGCGGCGAGCAGGACGAGGGCAAUGUCAAAUUCAGCUUGUUCUCGGCUACAUUUCCUAAGCCCGCGCGCGAUCUCGCGAAGACCUACCUGGCUGCGUCCCACGUCCGCUUCCGUGUUGGUCGUGCUGGUAGCACGAGUGCCAACAUUAGACAGGUCGUCCUUCAGGCCGAGUCUCAUGAGAAGCGAGAGCUUUUGGUAGGCUUGCUCGAGGAGAUGCAUGGCAUCCGUACGAUCAUCUUCGUCAACAGCCGUCAGGCCGCUGACAACCUCGAUGAUUUUCUCUUCAACAUGCAUCUGCCUGUCACGUCCAUGCAUAGUGACCGCACCCAGAAGGAGCGUGAGGCCGCUAUGCGUGCCUUCCGGUCGGGCAACGCACCCAUUCUGAUCGCUACCGGAGUUACUGCCCGUGGCAUCGACGUCCAGAACGUUAGGCACGUGAUCAACUAUGAUCUUCCCUCUCUUGAGUAUGGUGGUAUCGAGGAGUAUACCCAUCGCAUUGGGCGAACUGGUCGUAUCGGGCACCGUGGCAUAGCCACCUCUUUCUUUUCUGAGCGAGACGAACCACUUGGCAGUGUUCUUACCCGCACUCUCCUUGAGACUAAUCAGGAAAUCCCUGAUUUUCUGCAGCAGUAUGUUCCAGAAGGCGACGCACGUGCCAACCUGAAAUUUGAAGCCGACUCAGACUUCGACCCUAACGACUACGCUGGGGCUGGCGAUGCUGGCGAUGCUGGCGAUGCUGGCGAAGCUUGGGGAGGGGAUGGAGCCGAUGGAGCCGAUGCUGGUACUGCUUGGGGUGGUGGAGAUGAUGGCGCCGGUACUGGUGCUGGCGGUGAUGCCUGGGGUACCGGUAACGGUGCCAACGCUGCUGGCGAGGAUACCUGGGGGACUGGUGAAAAGUCCCACGCUGCCACUGUUGCCGCCGAUGCGUGCCGCGAGAUAUUGGAGCAGGGCAAGGGCAAAGGAGAGUAA